CCUUCGCAGAGCAGCACUACAAGCAAGAAAGAAAAACGGAAAAGCUAUUGUCGGGAGCUUGGUUGAUAACGGCACCGGAGCAAGAAGAAACCCAACUGACGGCUGCCCCUAGCCCCCAAAGGGAAAGGGGCUGCAGCGGUGCAUGGACGAGCCUGUCGUGUCUGUGUCGUACUGCAAGGGAUACACACGCAGGCGCGAUCACCCUGGAGCUUUUCCUGUUGUGUAGCAGUAGCUACACAGCCUUCUCAGCCUUGUGUCUGCGCUGUGUGAGGGAGCGAGCCCUUCCCUUCUGCCCCCGGCUGCUGGAAAUGUCUGAGCAUAAGGCAAUUGAUCCGAAGUUAUCAACGACGGACAGGGUGGUGAAAGCUGUCCCAUUUCCUCCAAGCCACCGGCUCACAGCUAAGGAAGUGUUUGAUAAUGAUGGAAAACCCCGUGUGGAUAUCUUAAAGGCACACCUUAUGAAGGAGGGGAGGCUGGAAGAAAGUGUUGCUUUGAGAAUAGUAACAGAGGGUGCUUCAAUUCUCCGUCAGGAAAAAAACUUGCUGGACAUAGAUGCCCCAGUCACAGUUUGUGGGGACAUCCAUGGACAAUUCUUCGAUUUGAUGAAGCUGUUUGAAGUAGGAGGUUCUCCUGCCAACACACGGUACCUCUUCUUGGGGGACUAUGUGGACAGAGGGUACUUCAGUAUUGAAUGUGUGCUGUAUUUGUGGGCCUUGAAAAUCCUUUAUCCCAAAACACUGUUUUUACUUCGUGGGAAUCAUGAAUGUAGACAUUUAACAGAGUAUUUCACAUUUAAACAAGAAUGUAAAAUAAAGUAUUCAGAACGAGUAUAUGAUGCCUGCAUGGAUGCCUUUGACUGCCUUCCCUUGGCGGCUCUGAUGAACCAACAAUUCCUGUGUGUACAUGGCGGCUUGUCUCCAGAGAUCAACACUUUAGAUGACAUCAGAAAAUUAGAUCGAUUCAAGGAACCACCUGCAUAUGGACCUAUGUGUGAUAUCCUGUGGUCAGAUCCCCUAGAGGACUUUGGAAAUGAGAAGACUCAGGAACAUUUUACUCACAACACAGUUAGGGGGUGUUCAUACUUCUACAGUUAUCCUGCUGUAUGUGAAUUCCUCCAGCACAAUAACUUGUUAUCUAUACUCCGAGCCCACGAAGCUCAAGAUGCUGGGUAUCGUAUGUACAGGAAAAGCCAAACAACAGGCUUCCCUUCACUAAUUACAAUUUUUUCAGCACCAAACUAUCUAGAUGUAUACAAUAACAAAGCUGCAGUAUUGAAGUAUGAGAACAAUGUUAUGAAUAUCAGACAGUUCAACUGUUCCCCUCACCCAUACUGGCUUCCAAAUUUCAUGGAUGUGUUCACCUGGUCCUUGCCAUUUGUUGGAGAGAAAGUGACAGAGAUGCUGGUAAAUGUGCUGAACAUCUGCUCAGAUGAUGAAUUAGGGUCAGAGGAAGAUGGUUUUGAUGGAGCAACAGCUGCAGCUCGAAAGGAGGUUAUUAGGAACAAGAUCCGAGCAAUAGGAAAGAUGGCCAGAGUGUUCUCUGUCCUAAGAGAAGAGAGUGAGAGUGUGCUGACACUGAAAGGUUUGACUCCAACAGGAAUGCUGCCCAGUGGUGUACUCUCUGGAGGGAAGCAAACUCUGCAAAGCGCUAUCAAAGGAUUCUCACCACAGCAUAAGAUCACUAGUUUUGAAGAAGCCAAAGGCUUAGAUCGAAUUAAUGAGAGGAUGCCUCCACGCAGAGAUGCCAUGCCAUCUGAUGCCAACCUUAACUCCAUCAACAAGGCAAUCUCCUCAGAGACUAAUGGCACUGACAGCAAUGGCAGUAAUAGCAGUAAUAUUCAGUGACCACUUCCUGUUUUUUUUAGCUGCAGGGCAUGAUGGGAUUGCUGCACAUCAACAGUUGGAUGUUCUUGCCUCUGAUACUAGCUUACUUGCUCUGGGAGUCAGGUGUUGAGUCAGUUUACAAUAUCAUCUAAGAGGAGAUAGUAAACUUUAUUUUGGUGGGUGGGGGGUGGGGGCCAAACACCUCCUUUGGAUAUGCCUUUAAAAUGCUUGUAGAAAUAUGAAAGCUAACGCUGGUAUAUAUUGCAAAGUUAGGGGAAUUGAACAUGUUUUCCUACUGCAUUGGGAACUUCUAGAUAUGUUACUGAAAGGCCUUUUAUUAUGUUACUGGACAUGAAAACUUUGUCUAAUUUCUUACUAACUAUUGUACGUUUACAGUUGCAGCACUAAAUAUGGAUGACAUCAAAACAUUUUUAACAAAAUGAUGUACAAACUAAAUAAGGACUAUUUAUUGAUAAUGUUUUGCUACUCUUGUCAGACAAUGGCUAUAAAAUAAAUUAGGCAGUCUUAAAAAAUAUAAAAACAGAAUGUUGCAAAUUUGUUAAAAAUGCCAAAAAAGGAAAAAAAAAAGACAGUUUAAUUUUGUACAGAUUAUGCUUACCUCAGGUUUCUUUAGUGUGCUUCAAUGCCCUUCUUUAAAUAUAACACUUAUCUUACUAAUUUGGCAGAAAAUAUCUUUUUCUUCAACUUUAAAAAAAAAAACUGGAAUAAUGCUAACAUUUAUCUUUUUUUUUUUUGCUGUUUAUAUUUAGGGGGUUUUUUGUUGUUUUUUGGGGGGCAGUUUUUCGUAAAUCAAGUCUUGGUUGUGGCUUGCUGAAUUUAAAUAUUUAUGAGUGGUGCAUUUUUAAGUAUAGUGAACAAGACACCAUAUGAAGUGCAGUGAAAAGCAUCUAUAUUCUGUAAAAAUCUGCCUAUGCAUGUUUUUUAAGAAAAAAAAUUGGCUGUAUAGGCCUGUAUGGGACUGUAAUGCGCUUAGUGGUCUGACUUAUACUGGAAAUGUAUGUAUACUGGCGUACUUUAUAUUCUCUAAAAAAAAAAAAUGCUUAAUGCCUUUGAAAUUUUGUAAUCAAAAAGAGCUUUGAAAAAUCUAAGGGGGAGAGUAUUCUUAAAAAGUUUUUAACAUAAGCUUGUCAGUGCACAUAUAGAUGGUUAGCAUGUUUAGCAAACCUUGUGAAAUUUAAAUAAGUUUGUAGUUACAUGUGAAACUCUAAAUGCAUGAUAACUGUUAAUGUCAUAAUGGUUUAGUCAUUUUGUUAUGUUCUGUCAUGUGCCACAAAAUGUGUAAUUUUUUCACUUUUUUCCCUUUGUAUAUCAGUUACGGGUUACAACUGGUUCAUUCUAAAAAAGAAAAACAAAACAAAACAGUCCAUUGAUAUUUUUUAACAAUUGUAUAAGUGCCCAAGUAAUUCACUACAGCCUACAGCCUUGCCUUUGUAAUUUGACUUCUGAAAUGUUGGCAAUCAAAGCAUGCACUUGUAACAAUGAAAAAAGCAUUUUAUAUUACUACUCAAUAAAAAUGUGCAUGAAUUUAA